AUGACUUAUUUUGUGAUUUUUCUUGGGAUUUGUUUUAUGCUGGGGGUUUUAGCUGUGGCGUCUAAUCCUUCGCCGUAUUAUGGGGUGGUGGGGUUGGUGGUAGCGUCUGUGAUAGGAUGUGGGUGGUUAGUGAGUUUGGGUGUUUCUUUUGUUUCCUUGGCGUUAUUUUUGGUGUAUUUAGGGGGGAUGUUGGUGGUUUUUGUUUAUUCUGUGUCAUUAGCUGCGGAUCCUUAUCCUGAGGCUUGGGGGGAUUGGCGGGUGGUGGGGUAUGGGCUAGGUUUUGUCUUGGUGGUUUGAAUGGGGGUGGUUCUGGGAGGGCUCGUUGAUUUUUGAAAGGUGGGGGUAGUUACUGUUGAUGGCGGGGGUGUGUCUUUUGCUCGGUUGGAUUUUAGUGGAGUUGCGGUGUUUUAUUCAUGUGGGGUUGGGUUGUUUUUGGUGGCUGGGUGAGGUUUAUUGUUAGCUUUGUUUGUUGUACUAGAGCUUGUGCGUGGGUUGUCUCGGGGGGCAAUUCGGGCGGUUUAA